UAUAACUCGUCUUGCUUCUAACUUGGGAUAUUGAAACACAGCUGUCAUGGAGAAGACAACAAGACAACUGACUCCUGAGCAAGAUGCCCUGGAGCACAUAGUUGCUUGUCGAGACAAACCUUUUCUGGAGGAUAGGUACAUAGACUGCUUUAAAGGGAGAGGAGUGUUCACCCACAAAGCCAUUGAACCAUCCACAUUUGUUGUUGAGUAUCGGGGGAACAUCUUUUCUCCCAAAGACACAAGGCCUAAGAAGAAAUGUGGUGAUACUCUGAACCAUUAUUUGUUUGAGUUUUCAUGGGAAGGAGCACAAUGGUGCAUUGAUGCCUCAACAGAGGACAAGACCCUUGGAAGACUUGUGAAUGAUGAUCACAUAAGUCCCAACUGUGAAAUGAGGAAAAUUUUUUGUGAGGGAAAGCCACACUUGUGCCUGUUUGCAGUGAAAGAAAUAUCUGCAGGCGAGGAGAUAACGUACAACUAUGGGGACUCCUGUUAUCCAUGGCGCUCAAGGGAGUCCUAUGACGGAUCAAGUACUUCACACACAGCCUUGUAUGCUUCUUCAUCAACACCAAAUAAUGAAACGUAUUUCAAGUUUGGAGACUCUGAGGCAGCUUCCAGCUUUGAAAAUUCUGGCUCUGAUGAUGAUGAACUACCUGACAGUGGAGCAAGUCAUGAAAAUAACAGUUUUGCCAACAUCAACAGUCAGCUGGACUUGAGGGACAAUUCACAGACAGAUUUAGAUUCUUCUCAAGAGAUGACAAGGACCUCUAUGCUGCUCCCCGAUGGCACUUCAUGCACCCAGCAGGAGGACGAAGCUGAUUUCAGCUCUGAUGAAGAUGACUGGGAUGAAGACCCAGGACCCAGCAAGGCCAAACGAAAGCCCAAAAACCCUUCUUAUGCCAGUAUAAACUAUUGUUAUGUUUGCGGGGCAGGUUUAACUAAGAUUGCUCGACAUCUUUUCACACAUGCUUCUGAAGACCCUGAAAUCGCUCAAGCUUUUGCAUUACCCAAAAAGUCGAAGGAAAGGAAAAAGUUACUUUAUGAAUUACGGAACAGGGGAAAUUACAAACAUAAUCAAGAGGUGCUGAAGAAUAAAAGUGGAGAGUUAAAACUGAGAAGACGAUCGACAGCUGUGGUGGUCAGUGCUAAAACACAUGUGCACUGUCUUUAUUGUAAAGGCAUGUUUAAGCGUAAGGAUAUGUGGAGGCAUGUAGCCAGAUGUCCUUCUAAGACAAUCUCAAACACUAAAUCAAAAGGCAAGGUGAAAAUCUUAACUGAGAUUGCUCUUGCAGAGUCACCGUACUCCCAACAACUUCCAUCCAUUGUGUGGAAAGUGCUCUCAACUAUGCAACAAGAUGAGAUUGCAUUUACAGUUCAAAACGAUUUCCUUCUAAUACAGCUUGCACAGUGUCUGUGUGAGAAGUAUGAAAAUAAACCAAACAAACAUGAGUACAUCAGACAGAAGCUGCGAGAAAUGGGAAGACUUUUGAUUGCACUGCAUGAUAAGUCAAUAUUUAGCUUCGAAGAAGCAAUCAAACCUAAAAACUUUUAUAAAGUUGUUGAGGCUGUCAAAGACAUCACAGGUUAUGAUGGAAAGAUGCAGAGCUAUAACAAACCAAGUCUUGCUUUGAAAUUAGGACAUUCACUCAAAAAAAUAGGCGCGAUGGUCCUCUCUGGCAUUGAUGGCAAUGAGCAGAUGAAGAGAGACACAAAGACAUUCUUGAAAUUGUGUGCAAAAGAAUGGAGUGAACUUGUCACCCAAACAGCCACAGCUUCGUUGAGUGGACGAAAAGUAUACUACCCAUCUACCAUACCAUUCACACGUGAUAUGCAGGUUUUCUACAGAUACCUGGAAACAACAUCAGCUUCUGCCAUCGAAAGUCUGACGGUGCAUGAAAGCCCACAGGCCUACAAUGCACUUUCCAGAGUGACACUUGCACAGGUGUCAGUCUUAAACAAAUGUGCACCUGAAGUUUCAAAAAUGACACUGAAAACAUUCCAGGAGAGGGACGACACGACCCGAGUGUUGUCCAAACACUUCAUCAGAAUAAAUAUUCUUAGCAGGACUGGCCAAAACGUUGCUGUCUUGUUGACCUCUGAACUUCCUUUACCACGGAAGGAACUGCAUCAGGGGUUUUUCAAGUCUGUGCCAUGCAAAGAACCCAGAGCAUCUCAGGUCAGUGCAUCUUCACAAGCACAUUGCAAGAGUCUUCCAGAUUCUCAACCUGGAGAACGACGAGCUCUGUCACCUUGCUAA